UGGCUUCUCCCAUCGAACCCGAAAGGCAGAACGGCGAGAAGGAGCUCUCGACACAGCGCUGGUAAUCCCCGUCCACCUCCGGCCCCUCAUUUUUCACUCUCUUCUUCUCUUUUCUCUCCCUUCUCUCUCUUCUUCCUCUCCCCAGUUCUCCCCUGAUUUUUUUUGUUUCUUCUCUGCCAUCGCCGCUGCAACUCUUGUUAGCGGCGGUUCGGCUUUUCUCUCAUUUCACACUCUCCCUCACUGAUUUCUCUGUCCUCACCGCAUCGCUCUCUCUUCUCUCCCCAUUGAACCGAACUCGGCUUUUUGUACUGUUCAUCGUCUUCUAUCCGGCGAACAGCAGCUGCGUUGCCCCUUCAUCUCUGGCUCCUCUCCCCUUCGUUCCUCUCUCUCUACUCCGUUUUUCUUUAUUUUUUUUAUUUUCUCCCCAAUCUCUCUUUCCUCUCAAUCUCACCCACCCUAUUCGAGUGCUACGAGAUUACCGCUACCGCUGUAACUUCCGGCGGCGGUGAACUUCUUCCUAUCUCUUCUCUAUCUCACAUUCUCUCUCGUUUUUUUUUUCUUUCUCUCUCCCUCUUUACCCGUUCUCCUCUCUCCCUCUCUCCAUUACCCCAUCCAUAUUGCCCAGUCGACCACCGCUUCCCUUCCCUCUCUCCAUUGUUCUUCGUCGGUUGAACAUUUCCAACGUCGUUCGGAGUCUGCAACUAAGCAUCGUCCAUUUCGUUGAGUUCCAACCGCAAGCACCAGUCGUUGUAGCAGAUCGAAGGCAAGAAGCUAGACCGGAACCGUCCGAAUCUACCCUGUUCAUCAAUCGUUCUCAGGUCUGGGGGAAGAAUGAAAGUGAAGAUACUCCGACAUCUUGGUGGACUUUUAUCAGAGUGGCAUGCCAUAGCAUCUUGGACAUGGGACGCCCAAGAUGAAACAUGUGGGAUCUGUAGGAUGGCUUUUGAUGGUUGUUGUCCUGAUUGUAAACUCCCAGGGGAUGAUUGCCCUUUAAUUUGGGGUGCAUGCAAUCACUCGUUCCAUCUCCAUUGCAUCUUGAAAUGGGUGAACUCUCAAACUUCUCAAGCCCAUUGCCCCAUGUGUCGCCGGGAAUGGCAAUUUAAAGGAUGAAAGAAAUUAAAUUUUUUGUACUGCACUGCUGCUUCGUUUGUGUGAUGUGUCAAGCAUGAAGGUUGUGAGAUAUGGAUUGUUAUUAAACAUGUGAGUAACCAGUCACUUAAAUAUUUCUUGAUUUUCUGGAUAGUUUUGUAAGUUAAUGAAAAACGAGGUUUUUUUUAAGGCGUUUAUUUAUGUACUGUUCUUUUAGUCAAUGACAUUAGUCAGAUCAUUCUCCAUUUA